GAGAUCUUCUGUAAAGUGGAGCAUUAAGCACAUUUUAUUGGUGUGAACAGCUGAGACAGAGUCUAUCUACCAACCUAUCUACCAACAUAUUAUUAAACUCUAAUUAAUAAUAAACCAGGACACAUGUUGUUACAUUAGUACUUUAACAUGUAAACUCUGGAGCAUGGGUGUAGAAUACACUGGGGCGCACUUUUUUCGGUACAUUUUGAAUGCUUAUACCUUCUAAAUGCGAAUUUUGCCGUUGUUUUCUAGCACACUGAUGACAGUAAGGCUAACAUAUUCAUACUAAACUCUAAAAAAACUUAUAUUUUGAUUUCAUGGGAACUUAAGAAUAUGUGGCCCCUUUAAGAAAGAACCGCUCACACUGAGGAUGCGCAGUAGAAAGGAGCGCGAGAGACGAUUCAAUACGACUGCUGAAACUUUCAUCAAUUGAAGCUGAAAGUGACGCUGUUAAAGACCGUGAACGAAGGAUAAAUGUGGAACUUGUUUGCCAACCUCCAAUCAAAUCACAAGAAGAAGAAGAGCAAAUGUGGAACUAUUUUCGCCGGAUGCCGUAUAUUUCCAGUCUGCAGAUCUCGUGUGCCCUACAACAAUUCACCAAUAAAUACUGGGAAUAUUCACAUCAUCCUACAAGAGAAGGACAAACUCCAGGUGUAGCAGCUGAAAUCUGUGUGACUGUUAAAGAUGGAGUUUAUUAAAGAGGAGAUUGAAGACAUGAGUGAUCCAGAACCAUCCAGAAUAAAACAUGAAGAUACUGAGGAACAAACAGAUCAGAUGGAAGUAAAGGAGCAAAGACACAAACUAAAUGAAGUAAAGAAACACUGUGACUUCAGUAUUCAAGAAACAAAAGGCAAAAAGCUGCACACCUGCUCACAGUGUGGAAAGAGUUUCCAUAAUAAAUCAAACCUUAACAAACACACAAGAAUUCACACUGGAGAAAAACCGUAUACAUGCACUCAGUGUGGAAAAAGUUUCCCAUAUACAUCUGCGCUCAGAAUGCAUCUGCUUGUUCAUGUGAGAGAUCACAUGUGCUUUAAAUGUGGGAAGAGCUUUACUAGAGAUGAUCAUCUGAAACGGCACCAAAGAAUUCAUACUGGAGAAAAACCUUACAAGUGCUCAUAUUGUGAGAAGAGUUUCAAUGUGUCUGGAAAUCUGAAAUCACAUGAACGACUUCAUACUGGAGAGAAGCCGUACCACUGUACUCAGUGUGAGAAGAGUUUCAAAGAUUCAACAGGUUUGAGAAGUCAUCUGCUCCGUCACUCUGGAGAAAAACCAUUUAACUGUGAUCAGUGUGGUAAAGAUUUUAUUUCUUCAUCACAUCUAAAACAACACCUGAAAGUUCAUUCAGAUGAGAAGCCUUAUGUGUGUUCUUUCUGUGGAAAGAGUUUUUCGAGGCUCGAUAAUUGUAAUCUGCACCAGAAAACACAUAAUGAAGUGAGAGAUCAUGUGUGUUAUGACUGUGGAAAGAGCUUUACUACGUCUGCUGAUCUGAAACUGCACCAAAGAAUUCAUACUGGAGAAAAACCUUACAAGUGCUCAUAUUGUGACAAGAGUUUCACUCAGUCUGGAACCCUGAAAGAACAUGAGCGAGUUCAUACUGGAGAAAAACUUCACAAAUGCUCAUAUUGUGACAAAACUUUCACUCGGUCAGGAUCUCUAAAUGUACACGAGCGAGUUCAUACUGGAGAGAAGCCGUACCACUGUACUCAGUGUGAGAAGAGUUUUAAACAUUUAUCAAGCCUUCACACUCAUAUAAAAAAAUGUUGCAAGUGAGCAACAUUAGUUUUAUUGUCAAAUACAUUUAAGUAAAUUCUCUGAGAUAAAAUUUAGAGUUUAUACUAAAAGCACAGUAUCAUCUAAUUUUGUGAAUUUGGUGAAAAGCUCAGAAAACUAGAAAGAUUUAAGAGUCAACAACACUUAAAUUGUAAAUAAAGUCAUAUUUGUAGUUUUUAUUUUCUGUCAGGAUGGAUUGUGUGAUAAGCAGGUCUUGCUUGAAUUAGAUAUAUUCAAUUAAUUUACUUAAUUACUGAGUGUACUAAAUUGUGUUCAUACAAUUAGGAGAAAUAAAACAAACAAAAUCAUGUCUUGAUUGAUCUAUUUAAUGAACACAGUUUUAAUAUAGUUUUAAUCACAUUAAUGAGUUUAAUCAUUCUAUCUUAAUACUGUGAUAAAUAUGUUUGGGAUGUACAGUAUUAUUGUUCACCAAAUGAUCAGGUCUUGUAUCAUACAAAGAGGUUGGAGUUCAUUUUUAUCCUUCAUUAUUGACUGCUUAGGAACAAUAAAGUUCCAAAGCUUCAGUUCACCAGAUUUGGUGAAUGUAAUAGAAUCUAUAAAAUUUUAAACAAUAAACAAAC